AUGCUCCUUCGGUACGCCUUGUGGGCAAUCGUCGUCCUCUGCGCGAUACGAGUCCUGCUAUUUCUCUACAAGUCAAUCACCUCACCCCUGCGCACUAUACCGGGCCCAUUUCUCGCUCGAUUCGGGAAAUUUUAUUAUUUCUUCCGAGUCAUGCGCGGGCGUUGGGAACAUGAUGACAUCACCUUGCAUCGCAAAUAUGGCCCCAUUGUCCGUGUCGCACCCAACAUGUACAGCAUUGAUUCGCCCGAGGUUGUCAAGAAAGUGUACGGCAUUGCUUCGAAAUUCCCAAAGUCAGAAUGGUAUGAUGGGUGGAAACAUCCUGAUCCAGCUCGGUGGACGCUGUUCCCCGAUAGAGAUAUGAAGAGACAUGCCGAAACCCGAAAGAGAUUUCAGGCCAUGUAUUCUAUGUCGAGUUUGGUCAAUUAUGAAGGGUAUGUCAAUGAAUGCGCUGAAAUCUUCGACAAAAGAUUAAGGGAGUUGGCGACGCGCGGCGAAACGAUUGAUAUGGCUCAUUGGCUCCAGUGCUACGCAUUUGAUGUGAUCGGCGACAUUACCUAUUCCCAACGAUUCGGGUUUUUGGAUAAAGGAGAAGACGUUGCGGGGUUGUUGAAGGCCUUGCAUGGAGUGUUAAGAUACAGCACCCUGAUUGGAAUCUAUGCCCAAUGGCAUCCCAUUCUCUUCGACAUGUUCGCUCGUCUUGGAUUGGGUGGUGCAGCAGGUCGAAACUACUUGAUGAGGUAUGUGGAACAAAGAAUCCAGCAGAGGAAAACAGAAAAGAGAGCUGGUCAGGAUGUUGGAAAAUCAAAGGACACAGAUGAAAACGCACCGAUGGAUUUUCUGGAGAAACUUAUGGUGGCAAAUGAAGAGGAUCCCCAAAAAGUCACAGCCUAUCACGUCUUCAUGAUGGGAUUAUCAAACAUCAUUGCAGGCUCUGACACGACUGCUGUGAGUCUAUCAUCAAUCUUGUAUCACCUUUUGAAGGCUCCAGAUAAGAUGCGGAAGCUUCGACAAGAGAUAAAGGAGUUUGAAGAUCAAGGCCGUUGUGGAAACAAUAAUGUCUCAUUCAAGGAGAGCCAGGAGAUGCCAUACCUGCAGGCUGUGAUGAAGGAAGCCCUCCGAAUGCACGCAGCAACCGGGCUGCCAUUGUGGAGAGAUGUUCCCGAAGGAGGAGUUGAGAUUUGUGGUCGAUUCUUCCCAGAAGGCAUCACCAUUGGACUCAAUACCUGGUGCGCACAUUACAAUGAGAGUGUAUUCGGUCCAGAUGCUCGAGAAUUUAGACCGGAAAGGUGGAUUGAGGCUGAGGAGGAGGGUGGAGAGAAACUGAAGAGAAUGGACGCCUAUUAUUUGCCGUUUGGCCUGGGGUCUAGGACGUGCAUUGGCCGAAAUAUCUCAUAUCUUGAGAUGUCGAAACUGAUCCCUAAAAUUGUUAAGACAUUCGACUUUGAGCUCGAGCAUCCCGAGCGAGAAUGGAGCACUGAGAACAAUUGGUUUGUGAAACCGACCGAUUUUCGGGCCAAAGUAAGGCUCCGACAGGAGUGA